AAACAGCCAUCCUGCUCCUUCCUCCGUUCCAUUGUCAUCGCCGGAACUCAACUCGCCGACUCCCGACCCCGUCGCAUGCUCAUUGCGUCUGACUGACGGUGUCGCUGCCCUUACCCCGCCUACAUACCUUACUGCACGUCGCCCCGUCGCGUGCACCAUUGUCCCCUCCCACCAUGUCCCGCUCACACGCGGUCGACGUGUAUGACCAGCUCGCCGCCCUUCUCUCGCCGCCCGGCGCGUAUCCGGCCGCGCGAUAUCGCUCUUCCUCGGAGAUCGCGGAUGGGCUCAAGCGUAUCCGCCGCAUUAUCCUCACGGAGGGCAUCCCCGAGCCGGAAGGUCGGCCAUCGCUCCGUCCCCGCAUCUGGAAACUUAUGCUCAAGGUUGACCACCUCGGAGCGGAAGACUACCUGCGAUUCGUGGGCCUUGGCCCUAGCUCUGUCUCAUUGAAGAUCAAGGAAGACACAAACCGUACUUUCCGCACCGACAGUCUCUUCCAGGGCCGCGUACAAGAGGCCAUGCUCAUCCGUCUCCUCGAGGCGUUCGCAUGGAAGUCACAGUGUAGCGGCGAGCGGAGUUUCACCUACGUGCAGGGAAUGAACGCGCUGGCCGCGCCGUUCCUGUACGUCAUGCCGUCGCAGCUCGAGGCAUACGCAUGCUUUGCUGCGCUCGUCGAGCGCGGUGUACCCCAGUUCGUACUCGGCACCAACACUGAAGGCGCGAUACGCGGCGCCGAGAUCCUCGACAAAUGUCUCCGCAUCGUCGAUCCGGAGUUGUACGAGCACCUGCGGGACUGUCAUCUCACAGGGCAAAUCUACGCGUUUCCAUCCGUGCUGACCAUGUGUGCGUGUACGCCACCCCUUGAGGAGGUUAUCCGGCUCUGGGACUUCCUGCUAGCAUUUGGAGUCCACCUCAACAUCCUGUGUAUCAUCGCACAACUGCUGCUUAUCCGUGAAGACCUUAUGGCGUCCAAGUCACCCAUGAAGCUCCUGCGCACAUUCCCGCCACUCAAGGCGCGGGCUGUCAUAGGAAUCACGCUCGCGCUCGUCAAGGACAUCCCCGAGGACGUGUACAAGGAGCUCGUGGCGCACCCUGUGCAUCCUGUGCACAUAGCGCCGCUGCCACCGGGAAUGUAGGCGCGCGGGGUGCGAUUUUGUCAACGACGUAUCAGCUGUAAACUAGAUGCACUGUAUGACUAGGC